GGGAGAGGCGGAGGCGGGUCCGAACCGAAUAGCGCAAAGCCUUUCGAGGACUCCUAACAAACCUCUCCAAGGUAAGGGAUUCAGCCACCGAAGAGCAGCGCUAGACCUAUAGGCGCGUGGCGGAAUGCACGGGGCACGAUAAUAUCCCCACGGUUGCUGCAAACGCGCGCAAUGCACGCAAUAAACAGAUCUAAUACUGCGCGGUGAGCGCGCCGCCUAGUACGAGAUGCCGCGCGCCAUUUUGUCGACCGUUUCUACGAAGCAAAAGUGGCGCCUAAACUCUGAGCUCGUAACGGUCGGAGAUUGACUGGAUUUAAACUCGAUAUAUGAGCGGGUUAACACGCUGCGGUGAUGGCGCUACGUAUCCCCGUCCUGUCGGUGCUCAAAUGAAGCCGGUUGCUCCGCCACUCGGUCUGAUUUUACCCGCUGUCUCCCGCACAUCGGCUCGCGCUGCCGUAGCUCUUUGUUGGAUGUUUUUCUCCUCCUCCUUCGGGUUUGUUUUCGGGGUUUGGCUCGAUCUGGGGUGGGCGGCGUAGCAGGCGCAUGCGUGCCCUUCUUUCGCUCAUUUGCGCUCUUAUUAACGACGAUAAACGCAGUAAACACAUUCGUGUAGAAUAGAUACAAGAUGUAUGAUGUGAUACUUGGGUUUACGAAACAAAAAAAACACGGUAAUACGGUGAAAGAAGCGCAUUACUCUCCGAUACCAUCACCGUGCCAUGUUACCGCCAUAAUACUUUUUGUAAGAUUAAUUUGUGUCUUUUCUGAGAUUUAACCAUGAAUUACUUUUUUUCCCAGUAUUUAAACUCAUGUCAUCUCGGGCCACUUUAAUUUUAAACGUAAUACUAUGCCAUUUCCUUACAUUUACCACGGUAUUACCAUGUUAUUCUUGAAAGUUCCUCAGAGAAAAAUAACAGUAUCCUGUGAAUAGUGUUUACAUACGGGUUUUUUUGUUUUUUAAAACACACACGUACAUUAUAUUACACUCACUUUAACAUAAUACUGAAUAUUUAUCUUUUAACAUAUUAUUUACAAGGUAUUUGGUCCUUGGAAAUCCCAUUAUUGUCAAUAACAUUAUUGUUACUAUAGUAAAAUUUUAAUUAAAAUUAAAAAAAUGUUGUGCAAAGCUUUAGAGCACUGAUCGUGGAUCAGUUUUAAUUGUGUGUCUGCAGUAAUACUAUGCUUUAAAAUAUAUUAUCUUACAGUAUAAUUACUAUAUUCGUAAAUAUUGCUUUAGUUUUUUAUGAAUAACAGCCAGAUACUCACCGUGCCUUUAAAACAAUCCAACCGAGGUGCAUAGAUAAAAAAAAAAAAAAAAGUUUCUUAAAAAAAAAAAACUUUCAGAAAUCACAAGUGAGAUGAAAACAGUGUAAGCAAUUUACUGAAAAAUGGCAAAAAACAAACAAAGCAAAAGUUUUUGUCAUGUGUUGACCAUUUUCAAUGCCAAGCUUGUGAUUUUCUUUAUUUUUUUGUUUACUCUUUCCUCUUUGGGAAUCAGUUUUAUGAAUUAAAUGCUGGUUUGAAACACUAUUAGUGAACAUUUAACACAUGGAGGACCCAGAGUUUCACUCUCAUUAUUAUGUUUAAAGUUCAUUAUUUUCCUGGGAAGUUUCUCUUUCACAUUCACCUCGGCCGACUUCAAGGCAUAUGUCACACCAAAACAGAAAACGUUGUCAUAUGCUCAGAAUAACCGCUCUGUGUAGCGCUCUCAGAAUAACAAUGCUUGCGUUUUGUAAAGAUGCAGUGUUUUCUGUCUUAAGACGGGACAGAUGAGGAGCUAUGACGAGUGAAAACCACGCAACAGUAAAGGCAGACUCGGCGGCUUUGGUCAUGUCGCCCACCGGGUCCACGUCACAGGCGGCUCCCUUCUCACCCUCCACCAGCAAACCCAUCCAAGAGCUGCCAGAUGAGCUGAUUCAGGCUGGAUGGUCUAAAUGUUGGAGUAAGAGGGAGAAUCGGCCGUAUUACUUCAAUCGGUUCACUAACCAGUCGCUGUGGGAGAUGCCUGUCCUGGGCCAGCAUGAUGUCAUUUCCGAUCCUCUGGGCUUGAACGCGGCUCCAGCGUCUGGCGAGGCAGUGAGCGACGCAGGUCUGGGCAACGGUCAGCGUAAAAGACAUCCAUCGGAGGACGCUCAAGCAGGCCCUAACAGUUUCAAGCGGCCAAAGGUUGAGAUUCCAGUCACUCCAACCACUCCCACCAUCCCGAUUUCUCCCAGCACGCCAGGAGUUAAACCCUGGGUCAACACCACAGAUGAUAAACAAGGCCAGACCAGUGUACCUGCCCCGGCUCCGUACCGGCCCUCUGUGGUGUACUGGGACCUGGACGUUCAAACCAACGCUGUGAUCCGCGAGCGAGCCCCGGCGGACCACCUGCCUCCACACCCUGAGAUUGAGUUGCAGAGAGCUCAGCUCACUACUAAACUGCGGCAGCACUACCACGAGCUGUGCUCUCAGCGUGAGGGCAUUGAGCCCCCGCGGGAAUCCUUCAACCGCUGGCUUUUGGAGAGAAAGGUGGUGGAUAAAGGUCUGGAUCCGCUCUUGCCCAGCGAAUGCGACCCGGUGAUUUCCACAUCCAUGUUCAGAGAGAUCAUGAACGACAUUCCCAUCAGGCUCUCUCGUAUCAAAUACAAGGAAGAGGCCAGGAAACUCCUGUUUAAAUAUGCGGAGGCGGCCAAGAAAAUGAUUGACUCCAGAAACGCAACUCCUGAGAGUCGGAAAGUGGUGAAGUGGAACGUCGAGGACACGAUGAACUGGCUGAGACGAGACCAUUCUGCCAGCAAGGAGGACUACAUGGAUCGACUCGAGCACUUGCGGAAGCAGUGCGGGCCUCACGUAGCAUCCGUGGCGAAGGACUCCGUCGAGGGCAUCUGUUCAAAGAUCUACCAUAUUUCUGCAGAAUAUGUGCGCAGGAUCCGCCAGACUCACCUCACUCUGCUGAAAGAGUGCAACAUCUCAGUGGACGGCGCAGAGCCGACGGCGGUCCAGGACCGGUUGGUGUAUUGUUAUCCGGUCAGACUGUCCAUCCCGUCUCCUCCUCAGCCCCGUGUUGAGCUGCACUUCGAGAAUGACGUUGCUUGUCUGCGGUAUAAAGGGGAAAUGGUGAAGGUCAACCGCGGUCAUUUCAGCAAACUGGAACUCUUAUAUCGGUACAGCUGCAUUGAUGACACGAGGUUUGAAAAGUUCCUGUCUCGUGUGUGGUGCCUUAUCAAAAGAUACCAGGUGAUGUUUGGGUCCGGAGUGAACGAGGGGUCUGGUCUGCAGGGGGCGCUGCCUGUUCCUGUCUUUGAGGCUCUCAACAAACAGUUUGGAGUGACAUUCGAGUGCUUCGCUUCUCCUCUUAACUGCUAUUUCAAGCAGUUCUGCUCCGCGUUUCCAGACACUGACGGCUUCUUUGGAUCUCGAGGGCCAUUUCUCAGCUUCUCUCCAGCCAGCGGCUCAUUUGAGGCCAACCCUCCGUUCUGUGAGGAAUUCAUGGAUGCCAUGGUGACACACCUUGAGGAUCUUCUGGAACGCUCCAGCGAGCCGCUGUCCUUCAUCAUCUUUGUGCCAGAGUGGCGUGACCCGCCGACCCCUGCCCUGACACGGAUGGAGGCCAGCCGCUUCCGCAGGCACCAGAUGAUGGUGCCUGCCUUCGAGCACGAGUACCGCAGCGGCUCGCAGCACAUCUGCAAAAGAGAAGAGAUUUACUACAAGUCUGUCCAUGGAACUGCAGUCAUUUUCCUCCAAAACAACGCUGGCUUCAGCAAAUGGGAGCCCACCACGGAGAGAAUCCAGGAGUUCCUGGCGGCGUAUAAGGUCUCGGGCCGCUCAUUGCCCUCACCUGGUCCUUCUUCCACCAGUACAGGAGACAAAGACUCCAAACCGGUUCAGGAGCAGAGCUCAGCUAGGAGUCAAGACAACAGCAGUCCUGUUGACAAGACUGCACCGGACACAACAAACAUUUAGACCGCGGCGCUGGGCGUGUGGCCACGUGUAUGUAUGUACGUUCAUGGGAAAGAGUUUAUGAUUGUAUGAGAGGUUUAAUAUUGUGCUGUUGGGUUUAGAUGGACGCUGGGCAUGUAAAUGUUCACGUGAGAAGAAGAAGAAAGACCCAUAUUUGUUUACUUUCUUUCGCCUCUAUUAUUUAAUAUUAUAUGUUUUAGGUUUUUUGAGUUAUGUUAUCAUAAUUGUUGGGAUUUAUAUCAGUGUGUUGAUAGUUUGGUCACAUUUUUGUUUUUUUAAGAGAUGAUAAAUGUAGCCAUGUAUAUCUUUUUUUAUUUUUGUUGGCCUUUUUUUUUUUUUUUUUUUUUUUAGGGUGAAUCUCAUUGAAAUGUAAUUUCACUCUAAGAUCGAAAGAAAAAUAUUUUGCGUAAAGAAAGCCUUUAAGUUUUUCAUUAGCAUCUUCUUCAACAAUCAUGCAAGUUUUUUUCAUUUUCAUUCUUGUUUUUGUAGUUUUCAUUAUUCUAAAUGGAUUGCAUUAUUUUAAUUUGUUAUACAGUAAUUAUUUACUGUAUUACAGUUAAAAAGUUACUAUUACAAUUAUAUUUAUAAAAAAUAAAGUCAGCCUAGAUUAAAUUAAACACAAUGCAACAUGUUAGCACUGGGGUUUUGCUACCUAAAUAUAUUUUGCAUUACGGUAGUAAAUUAUUAUUAAUUUUUUUUGCGUUAUGGUGUAUAUAAAAUAGUAUAAAAUUACAAAAACGGAACCGUUUUUAAAUGCCCUUCAUAUUCUUAUAAGCAAAAUAAAACAGCAUAUUUCUUUGGGUUGAAAUAAGACAGGCUUUGUGAUAUUGACUCUUUAACUCUGCUUUUCUCAAUGGCAGGAAUACGAAGUUGUCAAUGAGCUGACGCACCGAUGCUUGUAUAUUGUUGUUUUAGAUGAUUCAGAAGACGAUCGGCGAUCAGGCAGCUAUGUUUAAAUGCCUUCAUCCUGACAUGCAUUAGCGUUAGUGCUUCUCGAAGCAUUCGUCAGUUCCUGUUAAACCCGUUCGUAGGCGUUCUUUUAGGAGUUGAGAGGACAUGCUUGGUUGCUUCAUGUCAGAAUAUAUACUGUUUGAAUAACAAAAGGUCAGUAAUGAAGCAGAAAAAAUAUUUAUGAUCCAGUCAUCCAUCUGCAGUGAAAGCCAGUUUUCUUAAGUUUCUAAAAUAUUGUACAGAACACGAUAGCAAAUCUGAAAUUGUUGAACCGUAAGGAUUUUCUACUUUUAUGCGUUCUUGGUUUCUGUUCAGUACAAGCCUGUCCUUAUGUGGCAUUCUGGGUCACAUCAGUUGUAGCAUUUAGGUCUAGCAAGUGGAAAAAUAAAAGUAAAAUUUCUUAUUAGUUAUGAAAGCAUUAUUCAUACUGUUAGUGGUGUUAUAUUGAGAAUGAAUUAGCUCGUUAAUAUGGCGCACGCCCCUCGUUUUUUCUCCAGUGAGUGUCUCUCUCAUUUUGGGUUUUAUAAUUGAGAGCAACGAGACGUAGAAAUUCAAACAAAGCAGUAAAUGAGUGGCUUAUUCUUUCUUUAAUAACUGCAUUGGCGUCCAGUUAUUAGAAUUGCUUGCUAUUGCCUUGAUUUCACCGUUUCGUGAAAAGUGCUUUAAAAGUUUUUUUUUAUUCUAAUCAGAAAUUUGUUUACAUUGGUUUAAAUUGUAUCACUGGGCAGCGUUUUGAAUGUACAUUUUUAAAAAAAAGGCAAAAGAGAAAAGAUGUUGUUUGAUUUGUUGCUACAAUUGGAUUUGAAAUGUUGCGAUUAUUAACACUACAAUGGUGGAUCUUUAUUUUUUGUUUGUUUUCGCCCUGCGAAUACUUAUGUAGAAUUCAUAUUGUAAGACCAAUCACUUCCAUCUGUAAGAAAGCAUUGGUUUGUUUGGUUGUUUUUACUCAGUGGACUACAUUGUCUCGAGGCCAAACUUGGGAAAUGGCUUUUAUUUUAAGUUUAAAAGCAUUCCAGUGGUUUGACGUGUCAUGUUACCCAGCUUGCCAUUUAUAAAAUCCAAUGUAACCCUCGGUUUAAGCAUUGGGCGCUUGUUGGAUUUCUUAGUCCCAGAGCGGAUCACCAGCAGAACUGUAGAUGAUGUACAGAUCAUGUGAAGUUCGUCGCUUUCCUACACGGCUCUCGUGCGUUCAUUUGGAAAGAAAACAAAAGAUGUCUUUUGUUCAAUUUAACGUUUUGGUUCUAAAUAACUGUUUAUGAAUUAUAGAAAUUAUGAAAUAGUUGUUUUAAACUAAACCAAAGUGUUAUUAAAAGAGGAUUUUAUCUUGUAUCUUAAAGUAGAAUCGUGUACGAUCGCAUCAGUGUAACCAGCAAAAACAUCCAUUUAUUCAUAACUUUAUUUUUAUAACUUUUUUUUUUCUUCUUUGUUUUCUUACAAAGGUAUGUUUGGGUUUUUGUUUUGCAUGACCAGAUAUUUUUCAUUACAAAAAAAAAGAUAAAUUGUACAGAUGUGUAUUGUUUGAUUAGUCGUACGCUUUGCCACGCUAGGCUUUUAACCGAUUUGUAUUUAUCAGUCAUGUUGAUUGAUUUAUAUUUGGUCGCCAUUGCGUUUGUUGAUUCAGCGUCCUCUUAAAAAAAAAAAAACAAAUGCCAUGAAUGUCUCCCCUGUAAUCUUAUUCUGAUAAAGACAAAGAUUCAGUGAAUGUAAAUAUGUCUGUGCUUAUAUCAUUUUUCUUCUACCUGUAUAUUAUCAGUGUUGUGGCAUCUCCCAUCACCUAAAGUGGUAUAAAGAUUUCCUCUGAAUCAGAAAAGCUCUCAGUAAAAUAUUGAAAUCAUG